AAAGCCGCGACUGCAAGCUAACAGAGGACGGUGGAGUCUGAACUUCCGGCAGCUAAUUGGUGUUUUCGGAACAAAACGGCCAGUCGCUCUGACUGUGUAACUCACGUCAUGUAUCUUUUAUUUUGAAAGGGAGCUCUCGGUCAAGCUCGCCCGCUUGACAAGAGAUGUGACCGUUGCCAAAAGCCGGUUGGUGGUGGGGGAGGCGAACCAGCGUCGAGGAUUCCAAAUCAUCCGCUCGGCAGCGGGGAGCGGGUUAGACGCCGGUAGCGGGUCGGCUCGACCAUGAGUGAGGGGAAAGCCGGAGCUUUGAUAGCCGCGGAUGUCCAUCUGACCCCCGGGGCCGCGGAUGUGGCGAGACCCACGUGGAGCGGGCGGGUGGAGUUCAUCCUGGCCACGGUGGGCUACGCGGUGGGCCUGGGCAACGUCUGGCGGUUCCCUUACCUGUGCUACAGCAGCGGAGGAGGAGCUUUUUUGGUCCCCUAUCUCAUCAUGUUAUUCUUGUGUGGCAUCCCGCUGCUUCUCAUGGAGUUUGCCAUUGGCCAGUUCACCCAUCUGGGUCCGGUCCACGCUCUUGCCAAAGUCUGCCCUCUGUUAAAAGGUGUCGGCCUCGCCACGGUGGUCAUCUCCUACGUCUUCUCCACCUACUACAACGUGCUGAUGAGCUGGGCGCUCUUCUAUUUGUUCAACUCCUUCGGAGCGCCACCUCCCUGGAGGUCGUGCAACAACAGCUGGAACGUCUUUGAGAACUGUUCCAGCGGUUUCCCGGGCAACGUCACCGAUCUGCAGUCGGCCAGCCAACAGUUCUUUGAUCACAGGCUUCUGGAGAAAACGAGCGGCAUUGAGGACGUCGGCGGCCUUCAGUGGGAACUCUUCGGCUGUCUCCUGCUGGCCUGGGUCGUUGUGUAUUUAUGCAUUUUUAAAGGAGUCAAAUCAACGGGCAAGGUUGUUUACUUCACGGCGAUAUUCCCGUACUUCGUCUUGUUGGCCCUGCUCAUCAACAACAUGCAGCUCCCCGGCGCCAAGGAGGGGGUCCUCUUCUUCGUGACGCCCGUCUGGAGCAAACUUUUUGAAGUCAAGGUUUGGGUGAACGCAGCUGCCCAAGUGUUCAAUUCCUUGGGAAUCGCUUUCGGUUCCAUGAUUUCAAUGGCGAGUUACAACAAGUUCAACAAUAACAUUGUGAGAGACGCUUUGAUCGUAUCGUUCGUCAACUCCUUCACGAGCAUUCUGGCCGGGUUUGUGAUCUUCUCGGCUAUCGGCUACAUGGCUCACGUACACAAUCUCCCCGUGGACAACAUAUCGACGGACGGUCCUGGACUGGUUUUUGUCGUGUACCCUGAAGCCCUGUCGACCAUGCCCGCUUUUCAGCUGUGGGGGCCUCUCUUCUUCUUCAUGCUGCUGUGUCUUGGUCUGGACAGCCAGUUUGCCACAGUCGAGGUGGCCUUGACAUUCAUAAAAGACGAAUUCAGAGCCAAAGUUCUGCAUUUUGUCAAGCGGGAGGAGCUGCUGGCUCUGAUCGUCUGCGUUGUCAGCUUUUUUCUGGGACUUCCCCACGUUACGCAGGGCGGGAUUUACGUGUUUCAGCUGAUGGACCACUACACCGCCGUGGUCUCCCUGGUGUUCUUGGCUUUCUUUGAGGUCGUAGCGGUCUGCUGGUUCUUUGGGGUCCGCCGCAUCUCGUACAUGAUCCAGAAGAUGCUAGGAAAGCCUGUCAACAUCUACUUUCGCAUCUGCUGGCUCCUUCUCUGUCCUUUGCUGGUGUUGUGCAUACUGGUCUUCAGUAUCGUCCAGUACGCUCCAGUUCGGUACGGGACCUAUAAGUACCCAUUGUGGGCUGAGAGGGUGGGCUGGAUGAUCUCUCUGGUCUCUCUGGUGUGGAUUCCCAUCGGAGCCAUACAAGAGCUCUAUAACAACAAAGGCUCUUUUCUCUCGAGGCUGCAAACGGCGCUGACUACCACGGUCGAGCUGAACGUUGAGGAUUCUCCGGAUGAAAAAAUAAACUCCGGCAACUCAGUGGCACACCUCAACUCCACGCUUUGAUGUGUUAUUUUCAUGAAAAUGGCAUGUAACGUGGAGCUUUUUUUUUUUAAAUUUUAUUUUAAUUUUACUACAUAUUACAACUGCGCGUACAUCUGUUUUAUUGCAACGAUUAUACAAUCAAGUUUUUCAACCUCUGAAAUGAAACUUUUGACACACCAAAGAACGGUUUUGUCGGGUGACUCGGAACCUCGCCGGCGCUAGCGUAAAACCUGAAAGGCUUCUGGGAGAGAAAGCGAAAAUAAGUGUCGGGAAAAGCCGACUGGAACAGCCAAAGUUCAAGGUUGAAAUCCAAGGCACUUUAUACGGCGACAGGCGGUUGCUGACUCCCGUUGAGCAUGAGUUUGAAUGUGGCGGGUUGGUUCAAAAGCACAUCUUUCGUCAUGAGAGGGUGUGCGCACUUAUGCAACCACGUGAUCUCAGUUGUUUAUUUUUUCUUCCCCUCUAAACUUUUCUUUUUAUUAUUAUUAACUUGGAAUGCUCAGGGUUUGGGUCACAUGAGUGGAUACAAAAAAAAAAGUUUUAGAAUGUGUGAUCUUGAUCUACUUUUUGAUAUCACAAAAAAAGCUGGCAUGUGACUCAUGGUAUGUACAUAUUUUAUCUUCAGUGAAGAUGAAAAAUGCAUUUGUGCUUCUAAGUUUACAUCACAGAAUUUAUGAAUUAUUGGUAAUUUUGGGGAAAACUUUGAGCAUCUUUUUUUUUUGGUUUAUUACUGUUUCCCCCCCCCCCCAAUGAUAUUUUGAAAAAGCCUUUUAAGUUUGCAGUCGCUAUAGAGUUGAAAUUAAAAUAUGAAAUAAAUGUGUUUUGUAAACUUAUGAGCACAAGUGUAAGUUUUGGUCAAGGAAGAACUUGAAAAGUGGCAGAUCGCGCCAUUGUCCUCAAAUCCAGAAGUGACAUCCUAAUACUUGAGCGAUUGAAAAACGCGCAUCUUAUUAUUAUUAUUAUUUUUUUUAAAUCUGCAGUCAUUUGUUUGCUUUCAAUCGCGAUAAUCAUGCAACCAGGUGAGCGGGCACUGCCGAUUUCAUGAUCGUAUCAUCCUGGGUUUUAUAUUUCAUUACUCGUUUUUCUUUUUUUAAAUGCCAUUGAUGAUUCACGGAACUUUUUAAUUUAUGGGUCCAUAUCCGAGAUGCGCCAGCGCUGAUAUGGAAAACGAUUACCAGCAGAGGGUGCUGCAGCACAAGCCAGGUGGUGGUUUUCUAGCCUUAUUGCGUUCUCUUACGGUCAUGUGCCAUAUAAUAUUCCACUGAUAAAACGUGUUUCCUGCAUUGACCUCGAUAUGCAGAUUCCAUUUCAUGCAACCUCCUCUAUUAAAUCAUUUAUUUUGUAUUUUGUUUCCUAUUAUUAUUCCUAACGACAUACUGAAAGUUGAUAUGUGCUGUUAUCUUGGUCAAUAAAAAAAGUCAAAAUGA